GCACAAAAGGUACGUGGGCUCUGGGAACGAGAUUGGAGAAGUUUGGCACAGGUCGUCAGUUGUUGAUGCUUUGUGUUCGCUAGGUUAUACUAACUUUACUUGGUUUCCUGUAAAACUCGUCGUACAGAGAGGUUUAUAACUGCACUCGCUACCAUUCUAACCAAACAUGGCAGCGAUCGCAGAAAUUUCGACCCUCAAAGAAUGGGACGAAGAGUGGCGGUGCGUUGAAGACGAUUUUCAGAAUUUCAAGCAAACCAAAUUUGUGGAAUAUCAGAAGAAAAUGGAUGAGUACCACAAAAGCCAAAAGUCUUGCAUUUCAAUGGUGAACUUGAUCAAAAGGAAAAUAAAAGACUUCGUUCAGUCCCUGGCAAGACUUGAAAGGCAAGACCAGACUCCUGAAUCCAGAAAGAAAGUAGCUGAACUUCAGUUUAGGAUAACUGAACUAAAGAACAAGCUGAAGGAAUUGGAAAUGAGUCUUCCUUCAUCAGCAGGGUCAUUCUUGAGGCUGUGCUUAGGAAAUAUUGACGUUUCUCUCUACCAGAAAAAGCUUGAAUACAAAGAUAACUAUGAAACCUUCAAACUAAAGAUGACCGUUCUUUGUCUGGUAUUUGCAUUCUCCAAUCUGUAUAUCUGCAAUUACAGAAUAACAGAUAGCAUAUUUCAUGGAAUUUUAGUCUGGUACUACAGCACACUGACUCUACAAGAACACAUACUUAUUGCCAAUGGCUCAAGAAUAAAAGGCUGGUGGGUGUUACAUCACUAUUUCUCAAUUCUUCUCUCUGGUCUCCUGUUAAUAUGGCCUGAAGGGACAAUCUACCAGAUGUUUCGAGGGCAGUUCUUUGUGUUUUCCUGUUAUCUAAGCUUUGUCCAGCUCAUCCAGUAUAGGUAUCAGAGUGGUGUCUUGUACCGGUUGAGAGCCUUAGGUGUCAGCUAUGGCAUGGAUGUCACCUUGGAUGGUUUUCAUACCUGGAUGUUCCGGGGUCUUGGUUUUGUCCUUCCAUUCCUCAUCUUUGGAUAUUUGUUUCAGCUGUACAAUGCCUACACACUGUUUGUGUUUUUCCAUCACCCAUCCUGUUUAGAGUGGCAGGUAUUGGCUUUAAGCAUCACCUUCUUUGUUCUCUUCUUUGGGAACAUGACCACCCUUGUGUAUGUCAUGAGGAGCAAAUACAAACAAACUCAUAAAAUCAAGUUCCCAUGUAACUAGUAUGUGACGGUGCUAGACAAAUGCUGUCAUUGACUUGAUACUGGACAUAAACUCAAUUAUAAGUAAUUCUUAAAUUGAAGUGUUUGCAUUGUCUGACAGAACUGAUUAUCACCAUCUACACAUCCUGAUUUUGUCUUAUUAAAUAUCUUGCUUUAUUAUUGGACGCUUAUUUACUACUGCAGUUACUACUACAGUUUGUUACAAGCAGCAGCUUACAUAGAAUGGGGGCACUUGUAAUAUAUAAAACAGAUAACAGUGCAGGGGCAUAGGGGUAGCAGAAUCUCAUUAUCAGAGGCAAACCAGUGAUUCUUGUGGAGGGAAACAUAGAAAUAACUUUAUAUUGAAAGAUGAUGUAUAAAUAAUACACAUGGAAAAAUAUACUCAAAUCAAAUGCA